AACCUCACCGGCCCUCCGGGAUGGCCCGGCCGCUUCUGGGCACGUACCGGCUGCAACUUCGACCCCUCCGGCCAGGGCAACUGCCUCACCGGCGACUGCGGUGGCGUCCUGAAAUGCAUCGGAGGCGGCGCUCCUCCGGUGACCCUGGCCGAGUUCACUGUUGCCACGGCCGGCGAUUCCGCCAGCAAGGACUUCUACGACGUCAGCCUCGUCGACGGGUACAACGUUGAGAUGGGCAUCCGAGCGGUGGGCGGCUCGGGCGAUUGCCAGUAUGCAGGUUGCGUCUCGGACGUGAACGCGAUCUGCCCGAGCGAGCUCCGGGUCAUGGAACUGGCCACGGGCCAAGUGGCGGCCUGCAAGAGUGCUUGCGCGGCUUUUAACACGCCGGAGUUCUGCUGCACCGGCGACCACUCGACGCCGGAGACUUGCUCUCCGACACAGUACUCGGCCAUGUUCAAGAAUGCUUGCCCGAGCGCGUAUAGCUACGCCUAUGACGACGCUUCCAGCACUCGCACUUGUUCCGGAUCGGAUUAUUUGAUCACAUUUUGCCCAACCGGGUCAUAAACCGGGUUCGGUUCCAGUUCUCUUAGUUACACACUCUCAUGUGAAUUGUGUUGUGAGUUUAUAUAUGAUUUUGUUUGUCAAUGUUAAAGAAGAAUGAGAAAUCACAUCAUUUGGGUUACAA